AUGGCAGAGACAAAGACAUUCCGCAAUCCCAUCAUUCCCGGCUUCGCGCCCGACCCGUCCGUGGUCUUUGUGGACGGGGUGUUCUACCUCGCUACGUCGUCCUUUCACGUCUUCCCCGCUAUACCUAUUUACGCGUCGACGGAUUUGCAAGAAUGGAAACAAAUCGGCAAUGCGAUCAACCGCAAGGAGCAGCUCAGCCUCGAGCGCGCCGAGACGGCGGUGAUGCCUCUCGACACGGGCAACAUCAUGGUCUCGUCCGCAGGCCUAUUCGCACCCUCAAUUCGACACCACGAGGGCAGGUUUUACAUCAUCUGCACCAACGCGACCCGCCGCGACGGGGAGUUCUGCCUCGAGAACUUCUACGUCAGCACCGCCGACAUCUGGGCUGGCGAGUGGUCUGAUCCGAUCUACUUCCCAUUCCACGGGAUCGAUCCCAGUCUGUUCUUCGACGACGACGGGCGGGCGUACGUGCAGGGGUGCUGGAUGAUAGAUCGCCUCAAGCAGCCGAGCUGCACGAUCAAGCAGUUCGAGAUCGACAUCGCGACAGGGGAGGCGCUGUCCGAGGUCAAGGAGAUCUGGGGCGGGUACGCGAGGUACGAUACUGAGGGCCCGCAUUUUUACAAGCGCGGAGAGUGGUACCAUCUGCUUGUGGCUGAGGGCGGAACGUUUGAGCAUCACAUGUUGAGUAUCGGGCGCUCGAAGAGUAUCUGGGGCCCGUUUGAGUCGUGGGAGGGGAACCCGAUCAUGACUGCGGACGGAAAGGCGGAGUAUGUGCAGAACGUUGGGCAUGGAGAGCUCUUUCAGGACGGGGAGGGGGCGUGGUGGGCUGCUGUGUUGGGGGUGAGGGAUGAGGAUGAGGCGCCGCCUUUGGGGAGGGAGACGUUUUUGACGGCGCUGGAUUGGCCGGAGGGAGGGUGGCCGACGGUGCAGCAGCCGACGAUGGAGUUCCAGCGCGAGGUGAAGGAAGCGAUUGGAGCGAGGAGACAUCUACCGCCGUCGCCAAGGGACGUUGACCUGGUCUACAUCCGGGAUCCUGAUUUCGACAAGUACGAGUUCAGCGGAGAGGGUGAAGGGAGAGUGUUCCGCCUUCGAGCUAGCGGUUCCAGCAUCUCAUCACCAUCCGGCACAGCUACAUUCUUUGGCAAGCGUCAAAGGGCCAUGGACGCGAGUGCAUCGGUCUCAUUGGACCUUACGGCGACGAAGUCGGGAAACACCGUUGUUGCAGGCUUGGCUCUUUACAAAGACGCGCUGCGUCAUGUUUCUCUCGCCUACGAUUUUGGGUCGUCGCGGCUAGUAUUCGAUGUUACAACCACAUCGGAAGACAAGAAGCAGAGCGUCUCCCUGGAUGCUGGCUCGGGGACAACUUCACUGAGCUUCCGGGUUGAGACGUCGGCGAAGGAGUACAGGUUCUUCUACCGGGAGAAGGACGACGAGGAUUGGAAGCAAGCGGGACUUGACGAUACGGACUCAUUGACCAAGAUGGAUCCUGCCAAACUUCCGCCCUGGAACCUGCCAAAAGGUGUCACGUCUCGGUUCGUCGACACGGCUCCAAAGAGCCUCAAAAUGCAUAUUCUCGAAUCAGUUCCUGAGAACAAAGCACCAGAAACCCAGCCCCCCCUAAUCCUUCUGCUCCAUGGUUUUCCGAACUUGUCGUACGACUGGCGCUACAUCCUGCCACUCCUCGCGAACGCGGGCUAUCAUGCCGUUGCUCCCGACAUGAGAGGCUUCGGACGAACCCACAAUUCCGACCUCAGCCCAAUUGCAGAGGAUACCAUCCGCCCUGUCUUCUCAGUUCACGACGUCGUGUCGCUUCUCGAGGGCUUGGGCUACGAAUCUGUUCACACAAUCGUCGGCCACGAUCUCGGGGCUGUGCCGGCAUCGCUCACUUCAAUAAUUCGCAAGGACUUGGUCAAGUCGCUUGUUCUCAUGGCACACCCUUUCAAGGGCAUUCCCGCUCCUUCAGCCAGCAGCAACAAGGGUGGAGGGGACCCGGAUAUUCAGGCGUCUCUCGGGAAAUUGAAUCCUCCGAGGAAGCACUACAAGUACUACAACGCGUCACCUGGCGCAGCUGACGAGUGGACGAAUCCGAAAGGGGAGCCUCUUCAUAACUUCCUCAGGGGCUAUUUCCAUCUCAAGUCUGCAGACUGGGUUGGGAACAAGCCGCAUCCUCAGAAGUCAUGGACGGCGGAGGAGCUGGCUGUUAUGCCGCAUUACUACGUCAUGAGAGCGGACUUGUCGAUGCGCGGAAAUGUCGAGCUGGACAUGGCAGAAGAGUCACAGAGUGUCCUUGAGAAGCUUCCAGACACUCCUUGGCUUACUGACGCAGAUCUUCGUGUGUACUCUGAGGAGUUUGGCCGGACAAAGUUUGAUCGCGCUUUGCAGUGGUACCGGGCCAUCAUCGACCCCAAGCAGGCGGAGGACCUGCUCCCAUUUGCAGGAACAAAGAUAGCUGUGCCGACAAAGUAUGUCUCUGGCACAGCUGACUGGGGAACGUACCAAGUUCCGGGUUCCCUUGAGGCCAUGGAGAAUGGGACCAGCGUCGAGCCUGUUUGCUGGCGGAGCGCAGUGCACAUCGAUGGCGCGGGGCAUUGGGUGAAUAUGGAACAGCCAGAGAGGUGUGCUGAUGAGAUAUUGGCCCUCGCAAGAUCUGUUUGA